CGACACGCCUUCACCUGUACUACACUGGGGGUGCAACUCCAGUUCUGAUCUUGCAACUUUCCUCCUGUGUCCUGUGUCACUCUGACAAGAGAAACUCCCGCAGCUUGAGAAUGUUCCAGUCCCUUCAGAAGCGCAUCCAGGAGCACCUGGUGGAGAGGCGUAUCCGCCUGUCGCGGCUGGUUACCAAGGAUGGCCGCUGCAACAUCGAGUUCGGGAACGUGCGGUACAGCAACCACUUUGCCUUCCUGGUGGACUUCUGGACGACCUUUGUGGAGAUCCGCUGGCGCUAUGUGGUCUUCACCUUCAUUGCCUCCUUCACAGGCAGCUGGUUCAUCUUUGGCCUGCUUUGGUACUGGAUUGCUAGGAGCAAUGGGGACCUGAGCUGGCAGCAACCCCCUAAAAACCAUACCCGCUGUGUGGACAACGUCAAUGGGCUCACCACUGCCUUCCUGUACUCCCUGGAGACCCAGACCACCAUCGGGUAUGGUGGGCGUGCCUUGACGGAGCACUGUGGGGGAGCCGUCACCCUCCUCAUCAUCCAGUCCCUCCUAGGUGCCAUUAUCAACUGUUUCAUGUGCGGGGUCAUCCUGGCCAAGAUCUCCCUCCCUAAGAAGAGAGCUAAGACCAUAACCUUCAGUGAGACAGCCGUCAUCUGCCCCAAAAGGAACAGCCUGUGUCUGCUAAUACGUGUAGCCAACCUGCGCAAGACCCUGCUGAUCGGAAGCCAGAUCUAUGGCAAGCUGCUGAGGACAACCAUCACACCUGAUGGGGAGACAAUUAUCAUGGACCAGAUCAACAUUGACUUUGUGGUGGACGCUGGCAAGGACAACCUUUUCUUCGUCUGCCCCCUCACCCUUUGCCACGUAAUUGACAAGGCCAGCCCCUUCUUUGAGAUGGCUGUGGAUACCCUCCACCAGCAGGAGUUCGAGUUGGUGGUGUUCCUGGAGGGGACGGCCGAGUCCACCAGCUCCACCUGCCAGGUGCGGACAUCCUUCAUUCCACAGGAGAUCCAGUGGGGCUACAGCUUCCUGCCCAUCAUCUCCCGCACCAAAGAGGGCAAGUACAGGGUAGACUUCUCCAACUUUUCCAAGACCGUGCCCGUGGCCACUGCACAUUGCGCCUACUGCUUCCACAAUGAAAAGGGCCACCAUCACCACACCACGGGCAUAGACAACCAAGGCUUUGAGGUAAUUGACAUCCAUGACCCAACGGAUGGCACCAAGAUGUGAGCCCCUUGUGGCUGGAGGUGGGACUGCCCACUCUGGGGUUGGGACAGCGCUGACUCCAGGAGUUCCAGAACUGAAAGAAUUUACUUGUGGACAUUUCAAAGGUUUUGGGCCAUGUGACAUCAUUAGCGUGACCCACCAGAGAUCCUAAAAUGGUGGACUGUGCCUUGUGGGAGAAAAUAUGGGUACUGCUAUUCGCAGUUACUUAUGAUUAGUACAGGAUUAUGCAAUAGUAUCUAUCGCUCCUGUCUUAAAUAAGACUAAUGUAACAGGCAAUAUUGUUUCAUUGCCUUAGAAUGGGUAGGACAGUGGUUCACACACUAUAUAUAAUGUUCAGAAAUAAUGACAUAAGUCCAAUUCUUGGAAUUUUUCCCAGUUUUUUCACUUGGAAAGGAAUGCUUGUUCAACAAACCACAAAUCUAGCACAGAGAAUGGUGAAACACUUCCUUUGCAAUUAUCGAAAUAUUUUAGCAAGGAUCUUCUCUUAAUUGCUAGUCCAAGUGAAAAGCUGAAUAUAUUGCUUCUGUAACUGAAAAAGAGGAGAAUUUGGACCAAACCUUAGGGUUAGGUCUACAUGUGAUAUACUGUGAAGCAAAGGGUGGGAAAACACAGUCUCAUACUGGUAAAUUCAUCUCAAAAUGACUCAUCGGGCUUGUUUUUGAUGAGGAUGAGAAAGGAAGAACAGCUUCAUUAUUAAUUCAUAGUUGAACAGGAAAAGCCUAGAGGUUACCCAUGAGGGGAUUAUAGUUUAAGUCCUUUUUUAUGAAAUAUUUAAAAGCUGUAGGAGUAAUAAAGGGGUUUAUUAAGGAUUGUUUGUGCAAGCUGUUUGUUUUAAUAGUGUUAUUUUUCCUCUGCAUUCAUUCACACUCAGGAAAUACUAAUGUUCAGAAAAUGAUACUGAAUACAGCUGCACUCAGCCACAACAUGAAGUCAAGCAAUAAUAUGUGAGGAAAAAAUGGUAUAUGAUAAGUUCUUUAUCAAGCAGUUUCGUAUUUAAACUCAGGGGAACACAGUGCUGGCAACAAUAAAGAUGUUUUUCUGAGGUGUGUGAUUUCCUUUGUGUUUUCACAGCUACUUCAUUGCUCCAGGUUCCCCAGA